GAGCAUUGCACUUCCUAUAGCAGUGAAAGGCUGUGCAUGUGAAGAAUCGGUCUAGAACUGAACUUGCCUAACUCUGCAGUUAACUCCAUUAAAAUGAUGAGAAAAGGCAGCUCCUUGGAGGACUCAGUUUUUCACUCUGCAAGUCAGAGCAGCUUCCAAAAGUCAAGUAAUAGCAUGCCAGCCAGCCCUACAGAGAACUCCGGAUCAGUAUUUAUAAGUUCAGAUGGAGAAAAUGGAACAGAUGAAAAAAGAAAGGCAGGAAAAUCACCUACUGUGUUGCUGCAGACCUCUGCCAAUGAAAUGGAGUAUUUUGAUGACCGGAAAAAACUUGAUGUUGCUAGGACAAAGAGCAGCACAGAUAGUCCACUCCUGACGAUGGAUAUCAAGAGUUACUCCAAGAUUGAAAGGAAAAAAUAUGCCUCAAAUCAGCUGAAGGCAAAUGCACACUUUCAUAAGCUGUUUCUAGAUGUUCCCAUUGAUGAGCCACUAAAACAAAGUUUUACCUGUGCUCUGCAGAAAGAAAUUCUGUACCAAGGAAAGUUAUUCCUUUCUGAAAACUGGAUUUGCUUCCAUUCCAAGGUUUUUGGUAAAGACACUAAGAUUAGUAUACCUGUGCUCUCAGUGACACUUCUGAAGAAAACAAAAACUGCUCUUCUUGUGCCAAAUGCUUUGAUCAUAGCAACAGUCACAGAUAGGUACAUGUUUGUCUCCUUACUCUCCAGAGAUACUACUUACAAGCUAUUAAAAUCUAUCUGUAGACAUCUUGAGGAUACGAGCACAGGCAACAGUCCAAAUCCCUCUUCUCUAGAAAACAGCUUCAGGGCUGAUCAUCCUACAACUCUGUCCUUGGAUUUCAAUGAAGACUAUUCUGACUUAGAUGGAAUAGUGCAGCAGCGGAGACAAGAGAUGGAAGAGUCCAGCAGCACAGGCUCUCAGACCCCGGAGCUGGAGUGCUUCCAAGAUUAUCAUCUUGUUGAGACACAGACUCACUUAAAAGUUUCCAAGGCUGAUGCAAAGUCUGUCCGUUCAGAUGCACACAAUAAACGUGGACCCGAUGGAAAAGCCCAAAACAGUCCUCGAAAUGGCCAUUCUGAAACCUUCAGGUUCUUCCACAAAGUGAAGUCCCAGAAGCUCUUAUCUCUGAACCAUGUACUUAUAUUUUACGCAAUUCUUGUUUGCGUAUUAAUAUUUUCUACGUUCUACAUGAGAUAUAAAAUCAGUGUCCUGGAGGAACGUCUUGUUUCCAUCACAUCCUUUGAUUGACAUAUUAAGGAACAUCCAGUGCGCCAAGGCUUGGGAUCUCAUCUGCAAAUUAAUGCUGAUGCCCUUUGUGAUGAGUUAACUGCUAAUCUUAUAAAAUUGGAAAAGAUACAGAACAACUUACAAAAACUACUUGAAGAUGGUGAAUGAAAUGUCAGUGUUCUUGGACUGCUUCAGACCUCAUUCUUCUCUCUUGAGAAACAGUUCCAAAGGAGCUCUGCUGGCCAGAGUUCAGGCUUCUUUAGUCCAGGCCAAGCUUAAACUACUGUAAAGCUCAUGUCAAAAUACAGAAAGUUUAUUCUUGAGCAUGUGUCUAUAUAUUUUGAAAACAUAUCUUUUGAUCUAUAUGUAUCUAUAUGUUUUGAAAAUAAGGGGAUUUUUCCUUCUCUGUUGAGUGUGAAUUAAUGGAUUUUAUAGCUUGCUUGAUUCUAGACUUGCUUUUACAGCAGUGCAAACCUCGCGCAACUCCUUUUACCUCAGCAUUUGCUUUCUUCAUAUUGUCACUGAAGCGUAAAUGGGAAGAAUUUCAGUCAUGACUCAUGUGCUGAAGUGUUGUGUGAAUGAGCUGAUAUCUGUCUCAGCUAUGGCUGUGGCUGUGCUCUUCAUUUUUACUUCGUCGUGCCCUAGCAUCCCGAAGAUCAGAAAACAGGCAUUUCUGGAUUUGCUUGUGUGAAGUUCUGAAUGUCUGAGUUGUGCUCAGUUCUCAGGUGCUGUAAAAAGGUUCAAUUCCACUUUCUGUGGCAUUGCAUCACCGCUGAGGGUAAGAUCUGUUUCUACGGGGCAUCCAAUUUCCAUUGAAGCCAAGCUUGAAAUAUGAAUGGACUCACCAGCUUACGAUCAAGUUGCUUACGAAUAGCAGUAAGGGUGACAUGUCUGCACAACUUAUAACUGCUAGGUUCAUAUGGUCUCUGUCCAUUAAGUUAAUUGACAUUAAGACCCUCAGUCACCUUUCCUUGGAGUUGCGUGGGGUUUUGGUUGGUUGAGGAGGCACAAUUUGUGUUCAAGUUGAUGGAAGUCUUGUCUUGGUAUGUGACUUCAGAGACCAGAUCUUUCCAUAUAAUGGGAACUUGUGAAUUAAUAAUGCAGCAAUCAAUCAGUAGAGUGAAUGAAAAAGUGGACUCCUUUGUUAUAUCAUACUAUUGUUUUCACAGUGCCUAAGAUGGGCUAUAUGGGGAUUUUACCUUUCUCGUUUCUGGUUAGUUUUAAAAAAGCAAUAUUUAACAUAAUAACAACUAGUAUCUAUAAAGUAACAGUAUUGUUUAUAAUAUGCUAUGCAUUUUAUAACCAUUUCUGUGAAAUGUACCUACUUUGUUUAAAUAAACCUUUUUAAAACAAGCAA